CAUAUAUAAACAUCUUCUUGUUGUUGACACUUCUCUGUCAUGGAAUAUACGUGGGUUUAAUUUUGUAAUAUAAAGUUUUGUGUGACGAUUAUACGUGCAUCGUGUUGUAUUAUCUGUAGGGAAUAGGAUAGACAGGGCAAAGACAAAGAGAUAGAGAGAGAGAGAGAAAGUGUGUGUGAGAGAGAGAGAGCGAUUAUGGGAUUGAAAGCUGGUGUAGAAAAAUACAGCAGUCGAGUUGGAUUACUCUACGGAAGAACAUAUCAUUCUGUGUCCUUUAUUUUGUUUUAGUAAUUAAAAAAAGUGGUUUGAAAGAAAGCGGGCUACCCCGGUCUACGCACGGGCUACGCACUACAAUGGCGCAGAUGGACGAAUCUACGUAGGUUGGGUAAAAGGUUUUAGUUGAUUACAAUUGGAUUUUUUCCGAAAUAAGAACAGACGUGCGUGCUUUUGGCAGAACAGACUGUUAAUGUGUUGGUGAUCUAUGUUACAUUGACGACGGAAUUACGCACACCUUAAAAGGUUUGAUACAAAGGAUAAUUUUUCUGACGUUCUAUCAGGGGACCGAUGAAAAGAAGACGUUUCUUUAAGCACAUUCUUUCAGAGGAUCGAUGCAAGAAAAAAAAUAGAAAAAACGCACAUUUCAGUUGGAAUCGAUGCAAACAGAUAUAAAAAAAAGGAAAAACAAGAAAGAGUUAGCUCAACGCACGUGCCGUAGGGCGCCGAUGCAAAGUCAAAUUAAAUUAAAGCACAUCCCUGCAUGGGAUCGAUGUGAAGUAGCAGUACGUAAAAGCACAUUCCGACAGGAAUCGAUGCAACAACAACAAAAAAAAAAGACUAUUAAAGCACAUCCCACUAGCGGAUCGAUGCAAAAGUUAAGAUUAACGCAUAUUCCGACAGGAAUCGAUGUAUGAGAAUGGAAUUAAGGCACAUCCUUUUAGAGGAUCGAUGCAAAGAUACUCAUUAACGCACAUUCCAGUAGGAAUCGAUGCUUAAAAAAAAUAAUGAAAAAAUAAUAAAAGUUAUAUAUAAAGGAAAUUAAACACAUAAAUAAAUUAGCACAUCCUAUCAGAGGAUUGAUGCAAUAUAAAAUAUUACAGCACAUGUACUGGAGUAUCUACGGAAGCAACGAUAAAAUUGUAUAAAUGACAUUAGCGAACACGUUUGAUCGUUUCUGAAGGAAGUUCACGGUUGACAAUGUGAGUGAUGUCUUACGACGCCGUGAGCUAGUUUCACGCACACAAUAAUCUUCAGUAUGACGUACGUGACAUCGAGCAAACAUGAAUUAACGUGUUAACUGUCCAAACGGCUUCGAUACUGUGAAAGAGCUUAGGUAGUUUCUUCGUCGCGGUACCUAAAUUUUCACCAUUAGUCGCUUAAUCAAUUGAUACUCCGUAUAAAAAGCAAUAAGAGGCUGCAGAGAUGCCAAAAAAAAAAAAAAACGGUUGCAUAAGGAGUGGACCGAGGAGGAUAACAACGAUCAACGUGCGCCCAAACCUUGCAUUGAUGGAGCUUCAGCAUUUCCUUCGCUUUCAUUUUCGGUUUUACAAGUUGGUGAAUGCAAAGCCUUGGAAGGAGAGGAGGAAAUCGAUAAAAUUUCCUUCAAUAGAUGGCGUGAAAUACUAGAAUCCUGUCUGGCAUUGGCAGGAAUAAAGGAAGAGUCGACGAAGGCAAACAUUUUUAAAAUGAAGGCGGGUCCGGAAUUGCUGGACAUUUUGGACAACACAUCCAAGAAAGGUGGCCCGGAUGCGCUCUCCCAACCAUAUUCCAGUGCUAUGCAUCGCCUUGAGGAAUAUUUUGGGUCGAGGGACUUUCUUAUGUUCCAACGGCAGAAGCUUCGAUCGUUACCGCAAAAUAAGGAUGAAUCAGACCUAAAAUAUGUGCGGCGUGUCUCAACAAUUGCCAAGAUGUGCGGUUAUGUGGAUGACCAAUUGGUCGAGACUGUUGCAGACGUUUUACAAAACCAUGCCAGGAAUUACAAGAUCCGCGAAGUAUCCAGAAAAAGCUGCCCGUAAAGGUGACUCUUUACAAGAGCUAGUGGACCGUGUUCGUACAAUCGAAAUCGAGCAACAAGCCGAGGAAAUAUACAACAAGAAGCACAACGUCCAAGAAACUUCAAGUGUAUUGGCGGUGUCUUACGGUAUUCCUGGAUCAAAUCGAGCAGAGGCAUCAAAAUUUGGCUACCGAGGCAGAGGAUAUUUUCCACGAAGCCGGGGAGGAUAUUCACGCAUAAGUGGGGCUGUUCCAUCGUCAUUUAAGCCAUGUUGGCGUUGUACGAGCACAAGUCAUCAACCGGAUCGCUGUUUUGCCGUUGAUAAGUUUUGUCAUUUGUGCCAGACAAAAGGGCAUAUCCAAAGAGCAUGCACGUCAUCUCGUGUCAAGCGUGAAUCCGUUAAGGAUCAAAAUCAAUCAUCGGCUCCCAAAGUAAGGAAGAUUGCUGCAGUUUCGGCUGCCGAGCAAGGAGAGGAAGGUAAAAUAUUCCAAGAUGAUCAAGCCAAUAACAACAUCAACACGAAUACGGGAAAUCCUUUCUUAACAACUGAUUCGAAUCAGAUUUCGACUCCAGAAUUAUCCGGGAGCGCUGCAGAAGUAUCAGAGUGUCUUCCGGAAUUACACGUGACGUGUUCGUUGGAUUUGUGUGGGAUCGAAGGCGCUGGUUCAGUUGUUUGUACAGUGGCUGGAGUUGAGGUUAAGUUUUUGAUAGAUUCCGAGGCUGAAGUGAAUACUGUCGGCGACAAUAUUUUCGAUCGAUUAUUGAGGGAUCCGAUCUCUCAUCCAAUUUAUGAACUGGCAAACGGAACGGAUAAACCGUUGAGGGCAUAUGCUAUCAGUGGACCUAUUCCAGUUAUUGCUUCCUUUCUUGCCGAAUUAUUUAUUUCUCCUGACCGUCCAUCGGGAAUCGAAAAAUUUUACGUAAUCCCAGGAGCAAAGCCACUUUUAGGGCGUUCCACUGCGACUAGAUAUAGUGUGUUGCAAUUAGGAUUAGGUGUCCGAAUUUUAAGCUCUCAUGACGCAAUGUACAGAUCAGUUUUAGGAGAAGUGAAUACUUUAGGCACAUCUGAUCAUUUUCCCAAAUUUAAAAUACCAGCGGUAAUGCUGUUUUACGAUAAAAAUUUGCCCCCAUCUAGAAAGGUAUAUACAAAUAUUCCUCCCGCAUAUAAAACAGAAGUUGAAAAUCGACUCCAAAGCCUCAUAUCAUCUGAUAUUAUUGAAAAAGUGACUAACAACAUGGACAAAUCCUUUUGUUCAUCACUAUUAGUAGUUCCGAAGGGCAAGCGGGAUAUUAGAUUAGUAGUUGAUUUGCGAGGGCCAAACAAAUGUGUUAUUAGAACCCCUUUUAGAAUGCCUACAUUAGAAGAAAUACUAUCGAAACUAAAUGGAGCCGGUUGGUUUUCUACUAUCGACAUAACUAAUGCAUUUUACCACAUCGUACUGGAUGAAUCAUGCAGGCAUUUAACAAAUUUUUUCUCUGGCAACGAUACAUACCGCUUCAUUAGAUUACCUUUCGGAUUGUGCAACGCCCCUGAUAUUUUUCAGGAAAUCCUGCAGACAGUUGUACUUGCAGAAUGUCCUGGGACAGUAAACUAUCUCGAUGAUAUUCUUGUUUUUGGUCACACAAAGGAAGAGCACGACGAAAACCUUCGUUAUACACUAUCGCGUCUUUGAGAACACAAUGUUUUGCUGAAUCCUGACAAAUGCGCUUUCGGAAAACAAACUGUCAAAUUUUUGGGUUUCUUACUAUCACAUGAUGGGUGGCGAGUCGAUGGAGACAAAAGAAAAGCCAUCGAAUGAUUUCGACGCCCAGAAACAUUAUCAGAGGUAAAAAGCUUCUUAGGCCUCAUAAAUUUUCUUGAAAGAUUCACCCUCAGCAGAGCAGAAAGAACCAAAAAUCUAAGAGUCCUUGCCAAUUCAUUAUCCUUUUAUUGAACUGAAUUGGAAGAAUUCGAGUUCAAUGAUAUAAAGAACGCGGCACUGAAUUCAAUUGAGAAGCUUGGCUAUUUUAACUACAAAGACAGAACGGAGUUAUUUGUAGAUGCGUCUCCAUUUGGUCUUGGAGCAGUGCUUGCCCAAUUUAAUACCGCAGGUGUACCUCGUAUAAUAGCAUGCAUUUCUAAAUCAUUGACUGUUACAGAACGACGUUACCCACGUACCCAAAAAGAAGCUUUAGCAAUAGUAUGGGCAGUGGAACGAUUCAAAUAUUAUUUAACGAGCAUUAACUUUACCAUUUGGACAGACUCAACAGCGAACAUGUUCAUUUUUGGAGGACAGUUUAGAUCUGGGAAAAGGUCUAUUACUCGGGCAGAGUCUUGGGCUCUGCGUUUGCAGCCAUUCAAUUUCCAAAUCCGUUGUGUUCCCGGAGUCCGAAAUAUUGCUGAUGUAGUUUCGCGAUUGAUAAGCAAAUGUCAAGCAGAUGAACCUUUCGACAAAGAUGAAGAAGAGCACAUGUUAUAUACUCUUGAUGCAUUUAACAUGUGUAUUUAAUGGUCAGAGAUCCAAAGGGCUUCAGAAGAAGACAAGGAGCUAGCAGAAGUCCGGCGUUCAAUAGAAACAGGCAAAUGGCCACGUCAUCUAAGUAGAUAUGAAUGUUUGGAAAAACAAUUGAGGACUCUCGAUCCCCUAGUUUUCAAAGACAAUCUAAUAGUGUUACCCAUACUCUUACGCAAGAAAGCUAUAGAAACAUCACACGAAGGACAUGUUGGUUGCGGAGCUACAAAAAGAAUUCUCCGUGAACAUUUCUGGUGGCCUAAUAUGUCUAAAGAGGCCCAAGAAUUCGUUAGUUCCUGCGCUACUUGUCUAGCAAUCUCUAGAAGAAAUCCACCCGUGCCCCUAUGCAGUCGACAAUUGUCAGAAGGGCCAUGGGAGAUACUUCAAGUAGACUUUUUAUCAUUGCAAGGAUGUGGUUCUGGGCAUUUCUUGAUUUGCGUGGACAACUACUCCCGUUAUUUACAUGUCGUACAGCUGAAAUCUACUGAUGCAAAAUCAACUAAUACGGCGCUUUGUAAUAUAUUUAAGCUAUGGGGAUUGCCUGACGUCAUCCAAAGCGAUAAUGGGCCACCGUUUAAAAGCAAAGAAUUUACAGACUUUUGGGAUAAAAAAGGAGUAAAAAUACAUAAGUCUCUCCCUCUUUGUGCACAAUCGAAUGGGGCCGUUGAACGGCAGAACCAGGGGAUAAUAAAGGCGAUUUCUGCGGCAAAAAUAGAAAAUAGGAACUGGGAUGAAGCCCUUCAGGAGUAUGUACAUAUACAUAAUACCCGUAAAUUUCACUCCAGGUUGAACGUCGCUCCCUUCGAACUACUUGUUGGAUCGGGAGACUUUUCCUGGUUUGUGGGAUAACAAAACCGAUUUAGAUAGAGUUGCCGUGAGAGAAGAUGAUGCACACGCUAAAUUAAUAAGUAAGGAAUACGCCGAAAGAAAACGGGGUGCGAAGGAAAGUUCUAUAAAGGUAGGAGAUAUCGUGGUGGUACCUCAACGUACAAAAACUGAUCGAAAAUUUUCUAAGGAGACUUUUACAGUACUUAAUAGAGAGGGAGCUAAAAUUAUAAUUCGCAAUGAAAACGGGAAACCUCGAUUCGCGAGGAAUAUCCGGGAUAUAAAGUUGUGUCCCAGUAAAUUUAAUAAACACGAUGAAGCGGUUGUAAAUGAUGAAGAAACAGUACGUGCAUCUAGAGGCUCAGCACCUACUCCAUCACGACCUCAAAAACGCGUAAACCUGCUUGGUGGGAAGAUAUGGAGAUAUAUUAGAUAGAUUAAUAUUUUGUUUUUUUGUCUUUUGCAUAUUUAUAUUUUUAGGAAGCAACUGUUAAGAAUAUUUUUUUUGCUUAGGUUGUUGAGAGCAAAGCAAAGAGAUAGAGAGAGAGAGAGAAAGUGUGUGAGAGAGGGAGCGAUUAUGAGAUUGAAAGCUGGGGUAGAAAAAUACAGCAGUCGAGUUGGAUUACUCUACGGAAGAACAUAUCAUUCUGUGUCCUUUAUUUUGUUUUAGUAAAUAAAAAAAGUGGUUUGAAAGAAAGCGGGCUACCCCGGUCACUACAGUAGAGUUAAAUUUUGUUAAAGUUAAGCUUAUAGCAAUUUCUGUCGAUGAUAUUUCAUUUUAUAUCAGCCCACCUUUGCACAUUUUAAUGUAAUAAACAAAUAAAACUUUAUCUGUUGUAUAAUAU